AUGAUAACCCCUUCGAGAAUUCGGGAGUCCCUGUCUUCAUUUCUCGAUUACCCCUACGAAGUAGUGAUAUUCGACAGGAGAGUAGCCAGAGAGAUUCUUUUCCCCUCUGUCACGAUUUGCCCGGAGAACUGGUUCGAUCGAGGCAGAGAGCAAUGCGAAAGAGAUCCCCGGUUCUGUACAGUCGAAGGUCAGAUGCUGACAAUCGGCUUCUACCACUUCCAAGGCAACGCAACCAUCAGAAAGCUUGUGAGAUUCGAAGCUCGGGAUUUAUUCAAGUGUCGAAUGGUGUCGAAGAUCUGCCCGAGUUUCGACUGCGUCGAUUUCAUGAAACCCACCUACUUUAGGCAGCCUCGACAUCAAUGCUACACCAUGGAUCUACUUCAAUUUUUACCCACGAGGCAUUUUUAUCGCAAGUGCGAACACGCCUGGUCGUAUCGUCUCGAACUCUCUUCCGAAUGGAGUGAUCGAACGCUUUCCUUGGCUUCGGACUUCAUGGACGCGGGACUUUUCGUCCAAGGACCGGGUCUCGCGAUGCCAGCAAAGCAGACCGUCGUGGAUUUGCCAACAGGGAGAGACUUGCGGAUCGGCGUUAGACAGAUUGCGACGGAACGUCUGAAGCGUCCGUUCUCCUCAAAAUGCCGCCAAUACGCCGAUAUGGACGAUAAAUACUUCGGGCUCGAAAGUCGCGAAUACUGCAUACAGAAGUGCGUCAUUGCUGCCGAGAUGGACAUUUGUAAUUGUGUUCUGAUCCUUCAUGAGUACGCGGAGACUAUAGCUCGACAGCUGCCCAUGUGCAAUGCGAUUCUGGCCGUUCGAUGUUUCCGGAGUAUUGCCGCAACUGAUCGGAUACAGAAAUGCGUCGAAAACUGUGACGUUAAUUGCUUAGAUAUAAGCUAUGAUGUGAAAGUCUGGUCUCUGCGCGACCUUCCUCCAACGCCGAGUGAUUCUAAUGGAACAUCUCUGUCCCCACCGAAAGCAUACAAGCUCAAACUGGAGUUCUAUUCAGAUCGUACUGAAGUGAGCAAGGAGCAACGAAUGACCUCUCCCGUGGAACUGCUUGGAUUCUUGGGUGGAUACGUCGGGAUGUGGAUUGGAGUAUCUCUACUCGAAACCGUGGGAAGUCUCCAGGAGCGAUUAUCGAAGCAAACGAUCAUGGGGUCACGAUGA